AUGCCCUCAGGUAUCCAAACCGUUCCCGCCCGCCGCGGCGCUGCCACUGUGGUCAGGCAGGGCCAGAAGAUCAAGAUAACCAAUACACACGGCAAUCAGGUCGUCGAUACAUGGGCCCUCGCCCUGCCCUCCUCUAGCCUCCUUACCACCUCCUCUAAGGUCGAAGCUGCACUCUACCCGAACGCUACCUCAGAAUCACUCUCGAAAUAUUCCUCCGCCGCCAACGCUGCUGCCUCAGCACCAGAGUACAUGUCGAUGUGCCACUGUCGGGCGUCGUUGUUGAAAGUGACACCAGCAGUAGGUGAUAUGAUGGUCAGCCAGAAACGCGCACCAAUGGUGAAGCUAGUCGAGGAUACAAGUUCAGGAGUACACGACACUCUGAUAGCGGCGUGUGAUCGUUGGCGAUACAGUGAGUUAGGUGUAACUGGCUAUCACGAAUCCUGCACAGACAACUUCUGGGACGCGGUGCACGCUUUGUCUUCUUCUUCAUCUCUCGGUGAGGAGGAGGUGGAGAGCUUGGAGGGGCUGCAAGGGAAAUUGGGAGGGAAAGUGCCGGACCCGUUCAACCUGUUCAUGAAUAUUCCUAUCACGCAGGAAGGAUCUGGCGCAAAUCGGGGCAUCAGUUUUGAAGCUCCUUUGACAAAGCCCGGAGACUAUGUAGUGCUAGAGGCACAGAGGGAUGUCGUAGUGGUUAUGAGUGCAUGCCCACAGGAUGUACUUACAAUCAACGGCAAGAACCCUGUAGAUGCACACUUUCAGGUCUUAGACUAA